AUGAUUUCUCAUCUAUCUGUUGUCAACUACAACAAAACAUUUCAAUUGUAUGAAAAUAAUAUCAUCACGAUUACUAUUCUUCCACAAUUUUCUAUUGUGAAUCAAAAUGAAAUCGAUUCUUCAUUUAUGUAUACACAAUUACUAAAAGAAAUUCUUAUUGAAAUGAAAUAUGAUGUAACAGCAAAAAAACAAUUUAUUGAUUAUAUUCAUAAUUUCUAUGCUAAUAACGAAAUACAAUUAAAUACCAUCAAUGAAUUUCAACAUACAUAUGAACAUUAUUCACCUAUUUGGUGUGGUCUUCUUUCAUUUAAUAAUUUCUUAUCAACAAGUACUGAAAAAUCAAUUUCACUAAUAUUUGCUAAUAGUUCUCGCAGUGAUUCGAAUUUAGUUCAAAUUCUAUUUGAAAUUGAAAUUAAUACAAGAACAUCUUCUGUUUCAUUUGCUUCAUUAGAUCAUAUAAGUUUUUAUGGCAAUAAUGAAAAAGAAAUUUUCUUUUCUAUGCAUACUAUAUUUCGUAUUGAUGAAAUAAAUCAAACUAAUAAUAGAUUUUGGAACGUAAAAUUAACAAUGACUAAUGAUAAUGAUGAACAAUUGAAAUGUUUAACUAAAUAUAUACGAAAUGAAAUUGGUGGAGAAACAGAAUAUCAUCGAUUAGAUUGA